GCGGCGGGCGCGGAGGCCGGGUCGGGUCGGGUCGGGCCGGGCCGGGCCGGGCGGGCCGAUGGGCGCGCGGCUCCGGCCAUGCAGAAGAGCGUGCGCUACAACGAGGGCCACGCGCUGCACCUGGCCGGGCUGGCGCGCAGGGAGGGCACGAAGCGCGGCUUCCUGAGCAGGCGCGCGGCCGAGGCGAGCCGCUGGCACGAGAAGUGGUUCGCGCUCUACCAGAAUGUGCUGUUUUACUUCGAGGGCGAGCAGAGCGGCCGCCCGGCCGGGCUCUACCUGCUGGAGGGCUGCAGCUGCGAGCGCGCGCCCGCGCCCCCCAGGGCCACCGCGGGCGCCGGGGCCGCGCGCGACCCGCUGGACAAGCAGUACUACUUCACCGUCCUCUUCGGCCACGAGGGCCAGAAGCCCCUGGAGCUGCGCUGCGAAGAGGAGCAGGACGGGAAGGAGUGGAUGGAGGCGAUCCACCAGGCCAGCUACGCCGACAUCCUGAUAGAGAGGGAGGUGCUGAUGCAGAAGUACAUCCACCUGGUUCAGAUUGUGGAGACGGAGAAGAUCGCAGCGAACCAGCUCCGACACCAGCUGGAAGACCAGGACACGGAGAUCGAGAGGCUCAAGUCAGAGAUUAUUGCCCUGAACAAAACCAAGGAACGGAUGCGCCCUUACCAAAGCCACCAAGAAGAUGAGGACCCUGACAUCAAGAAGAUUAAAAAGGUCCAGAGCUUCAUGCGGGGCUGGCUGUGCAGGAGGAAGUGGAAGACCAUUGUGCAGGACUACAUCUGCUCUCCUCACGCUGAGAGCAUGCGCAAGAGGAACCAAAUUGUGUUUGCCAUGGUGGAGGCCGAGUCCGAGUACGUGCACCAGCUCCACGUGUUGGUCAACGGCUUCCUGCGGCCCCUGCGCAUGGCUGCCAGCUCCAAGAAGCCGCCCAUCAGCCACGACGACGUCAGUAGUAUUUUCCUUAACAGCGAGACAAUCAUGUUUCUUCAUGAAAUAUUCCAUCAAGGACUCAAGGCGCGGAUUGCGAACUGGCCCACCUUGAUUUUAGCCGAUCUGUUCGAUAUCUUGCUGCCCAUGCUGAACAUCUACCAGGAAUUCGUGCGGAAUCACCAGUACAGCCUCCAGGUGCUCGCCACCUGCAAGCAGAACAGAGACUUCGACAAGCUCUUGAAGCAGUACGAAGCCAACCCUGCCUGCGAGGGGAGGAUGCUGGAGACCUUCCUGACCUACCCCAUGUUCCAGAUCCCUAGGUACAUCAUCACACUGCAUGAGCUCCUGGCCCACACGCCCCAUGAGCACGUGGAGAGGAAAAGUCUGCAGUUUGCUAAAUCAAAGCUGGAGGAGCUGUCCAGGGUGAUGCAUGAUGAAGUGAGUGACACUGAGAACAUACGGAAGAAUCUGGCAAUCGAGAGGAUGAUCGUGGAGGGCUGCGACAUUCUGCUGGACACCAGCCAGACCUUCAUCCGCCAAGGUUCUCUUAUUCAAGUACCUUCCGUUGAGAGAGGGAAACUUAGUAAAGUUCGCCUGGGUUCACUGUCUUUGAAAAAGGAAGGAGAGAGACAGUGCUUCCUGUUUACCAAACACUUUCUAAUCUGCACGAGAAGCUCAGGAGGGAAGCUGCACCUGCUGAAGACAGGUGGAGUUCUCUCGCUCAUGGAGUGCACACUGAUCGAGGAGCCGGAUGCCAGUGAUGAUGACUCCAAAGGUUCUGGCCACAUGUUUGGACACCUGGACUUUAAGAUAGUGGUGGAACCUCCCCACGCUGCACCGUUCACCGUGGUCCUGUUGGCACCAUCGCGCCAGGAGAAGGCGGCCUGGAUGAGUGACAUCAGCCAGUGUGUGGACAAUAUCCGUUGCAAUGGCUUGAUGACUGUCGUCUUUGAGGAGAACUCCAAAGUUACGGUGCCACAUAUGAUCAAGUCUGACGCCCGGCUGCACAAGGACGACGCCGACAUCUGCUUCAGCAAGACCCUGAACUCCUGCAAGGUGCCGCAGAUCCGCUGCGCCAGCGUGGAGCGCCUGCUGGAGCGCCUGACCGACCUGCGCUUCCUGAGCAUCGACUUCCUCAACACCUUCCUGCACACCUACCGCCUCUUCACCACGGCCGCCGUGGUGCUGGCCAAGCUGGCCGACGUCUACCGGCGGCCCUUCACCUCCAUCCCCGUCAGGUCCCUGGAGCUGUUCUUCGCCUGCAGCAUGAGUGGCCGCGCGGAGCCCCCCACUGAUGGGCGGACCCCACGGCUAAGCCGCAAGUUCUCCUCGCCGCCGCCAGCAGCAUCCAGCACCGCUUCACCCGUGAGGACCAGGAAGCUGUCUCUCAGCUCACCUUCGAGUUCCAGGGCGGGCCCCCUGGACCUGACCGCAACCGCGUUGUCUGGCAGCCCUCCCGCCACACACAGCCCCACUGCGUCCCCACCACCGCACUCCGCAGCUGCCCCGGAGCCUACGCCAGCAGAGCGAGCAGCCGUGGAAAGUGCCCCAGCGGUAGCGGAUGCCAUGGAGCUGUCCCCGUGCAGGUCCCCCUCCACGACGCCCCGGCACCUCCGCUAUCGACAGCCCGGAGGACAGACAGCAGACAGCACCCACUGCUCUGUUUCUCCGGCCUCCGCCUUCGCGAUUGCCACAGCUGCAGCAGGACAUGGGAGCCCCCCGGGUGAGUGGGGACUCGCAAGGACAGGAUUCAACAACACGGAGAGAAUGUGUGACAAAGAGUUCAUCAUUCGCAGGACGGCCACCAAUCGGGUCCUGAACGUCCUCCGCCACUGGGUCUCCAAGCAUGCGCAGGAUUUUGAACUCAACAAUGAACUAAAGAUGAAUGUGCUAAACCUGCUAGAAGAAGUUUUGCGAGACCCAGACCUGCUUCCCCAGGAGAGGAAAGCCACGGCGAACAUCCUGAGGGCGCUAUCCCAAGAGGAUCAGGAUGACAUUCACUUGCAGUUAGAUGACAUCAUUCAGAUGACUGACUGUCCGAAGGCUGAGUGCUUCGAGAGCUUGUCGGCCAUGGAGCUGGCAGAGCAGAUCACGCUGCUGGACCACAUCGUCUUUAGAAGCAUCCCCUAUGAGGAGUUUCUUGGGCAGGGCUGGAUGAAGCUGGACAAGAACGAGAGGACACCCUCCAUCAUGAAGACCAGCCAGCACUUCAAUGAUAUGAGUAACCUGGUGGCCUCCCAGAUCAUGAACUACGCUGACAUCAGCUCCCGUGCCAGCGCCAUUGAGAAGUGGGUGGCAGUGGCCGACAUUUGCCGGUGCCUGCAUAACUACAACGGCGUGCUAGAGAUCACCUCAGCCUUAAACAGAAGCGCCAUCUACCGGCUGAAGAAAACCUGGGCCAAGGUGUCCAAGCAGACAAAGGCUCUGAUGGACAAACUUCAGAAGACUGUUUCAUCCGAAGGAAGAUUUAAAAAUCUCAGAGAAACCCUUAAAAAUUGUAACCCCCCAGCUGUUCCUUAUCUCGGGAUGUACUUGACAGACCUAGCGUUUAUCGAAGAGGGAACACCAAACUUCACUGAAGAAGGCCUGGUCAACUUCUCCAAAAUGAGGAUGAUAUCACACAUCAUCCGAGAGAUACGCCAGUUCCAGCAGACCUCCUACCGCAUAGACCAUCAGCCAAAGGUCACGCAGUAUUUGCUUGAUAAAGCCCUCAUCAUUGAUGAAGAUACGCUCUAUGAGCUCUCACUAAAGAUUGAACCCCGACUCCCUGCUUGAAGACCUGGCCUUUCCCUGAGAUCUUGGUUCGCCACCACAGAUGGUGGGACAGACAGAGUCGUGCAUGGCAUGCAUCACACUGCGCAGGGGACAGAGGGAGGUGAAAGCAGGCUCCUCUGUCCGCCAAAGAAGAUGGAACCGGAGUGACUUCUGUCUGCAGCCAGAGUGAAACCCAGCUGUGGGUCAGAGACGGCACUUUAGCCUGGGGUGGGACAGGGUGAAGGCUGGCAUGGGUCCAGAGCAUUUUAUUUAUGGGACAGUAAGAGGGGGAAGCUGUACAUAAGAGGGUAGGUUCCCCUCUGUCCCAUGUUCUGUGAGGACUCGGGGGCAAGGACCACCAGAACAGAUGCGAUGGCUGGGAUGCAUCCACGAUGGCCUAGAAUUGAACUGCUUCCAUUACCCCUGGUCAAAAGCAUCCUCCCUGGGGCCAGCACGCCAGGGUCUGUGUGUGGCAUGUGGUGAACUGUCACAUCGGAGGAGUGGUGUGACCCGACACCAGGACAAGAAAGAAAUGGUGAAACCCAAGUGUACUUGUUGGUGCAUUUCCUUAGAAGCAGUGUGUGUGGGGGGGGGGGUGGGGAAUUCCAGCCAUUGGGUUUCUUGGGGUGUGGGAAGGGACCUCUUUCUGAGUUUCAUGAGGCUGCUGCCUCAGAGAGAUAGCUGCAGGGCUUUCAGGAGGCUGUGCACCACCUCACCCACAAAACUAAAGAAGAUGGAGGCCACAAAGUGCUAUGGCAAGAAGGGGUGUCCUGCUCCGUGAGUUUAUACAGCUAACACCCACCUCUGCACCCUGCCUGGCUUGAGAUUUCUUCCCCACAAAAUACUGCAGGACUCUUUUCUGAUUGCACAUUGGCUUGCUACAAACAUUGCUUGUGUUUUAAAAACCAUCUUGGGGGAUUUUCUUUUGAAAACCUACACUAUCAUGGGCUGCUAGCAGAGAUCUCCCCCACUCACCGGCCCCACUUGAAAAUGUUUUGAGAUCAUCCAGCAUCAGUGCAGGGGAAAUGGAUCCACUCGCCCGGGGGCUGGGCCAGCACAAAGCAGGGCCUGGAGAGGCAGCUGCCAAGGUGGCAGCCAUGGAGGAAAUAGGGUUAGCUCCCGGUUUACCUCCCCCUUCUCUUCUCAGGGCAACUGCUGCUGCCACACGGAAGGGAAAACAGCACCACAUGGUUGUUCCCAGCCCACUGAGCCUGUCUCUCAGAGGCAUGAAGCUUAUGAUGCUGACAGUGAAGAAUCCAUCUGUCUGGCUGUUCUGGCUCUUUCCUUGCACUUCAAUUAUGUAGUUAACAGCUGGCUAAUAAAUCCUCCUGCUGACUGGCUCUUAGGACCCACUGGCAAAGCUGGCCAGAUAAUGUACCAUUUUAGAAGCAGAGAAGGCAGCUUUCUGCAUGGCCAGGACCGUCUCUACUUUAAACUUAUAGUAAAGUAGCAACUAAGUAAAUGAAACUAUUCAUCACGCGGGAAGACCACCCAAACAUCGUUUCCAUAACUCCUAACAGCAUAACACUGAGCCCAAGGAGCUUUCCUAUGGAUGCUUUUUCUUUUUCAAAGAAUGUUGCUUGUUUAUUCUCUUUAGUUUUAAAGUAAGAGGCUGAUGUAUCAAUGCAUGGAGUGCAGCAUGGGCUGUUGGGUUCUAACAGUGCAUCCUCCUGAUUUAUUCCUUAGUGCUCAGAAGCUGAGGGCUUGAAAUAAUGUGUCGCCCACACCACACCUCUGGUCUCGCAGAAGAGGAAGAAAGUACUGGUGAGCUUUCCUGGCUCCAAAAUACACCCUUGGAAGGUGGGCCAGAACCAAGUCCCAUCCAGGGGAGGACCAGGCACUUCCUAGUUCAGGUAACGCUGUUCUCUCUGCCUUGGCAUCCUGUGGCCCUACAGAGGGAAGAAUGUGACUGUCCAUUUUCUUGGAGGUUUGGACUCCUAUUCCUUGACCCAAAUGUUCCAGAGGCAUUGCAGCCAGCUUCUUAAGAAAAAAUAAGAGAUGCAGGAAUUUCCAGGGCUCCUCCCCUUCUGGAGCACAAGUCUUCCCACUAGGGAGCAAGCCUUGGAGCAUAUUCCUGUCACAUGCAGGACGUGCCCCCCAGUGGUCAUCCCUGGGUACUGCCAGUUGUGCUGAUUUAGAGCAUUUAGUGGGUUCCAGGUGGCUGCUUCUGUGUCCCACAGCUAAAGUACAGAGAACUGCACUUUCCAGGGUGUCCCUUGACAGCCUGCGCCAUUGUGGGCCAGCCAAGAGGCAGCAAGCAAAUAAACUCAGUUUCCUCGAGUCAGAACCCCUCAGAGCAAUGUGUGCAUCUCUUCGACGUCAGAAUCCCUAUCUGCUUCUCCUUCCAGCUGUGUGCAUCUGUUGAGACACGCAGGCAUGCCCACAGCUCCAGCUACUCAGAUUCUGUUCUGGUCGGCCUCUUAACCAGGGGGUGAGCCUGGGUUCAGAAGUAAAACCCCAUUUCAUGCUCUCUCAUGAAUUGUCCCACUUUGUACUGUCAGUGGAAUCAUCUGGAGGAUUUCAAGGGAUGCCUUUGGUUCUUAAUGAAGACAUCCAUUUUUGCUACAGGGAUAAAUGUUUUGCCUAAGCCAACGUGUUAUUUGACAGAUUCAGCGUGUACUUUUCCUCGAAGACAUUAAAGCAGGAAUGUCCUUCUGCCUCAGCAUUGAGAAGGGACCCCCACACCAAGUCCCAGCAGCUGUCUGCUAAACUUCAGUGCACCUUAAAGUAUUUCUCAUAAACAAGUGAAGGUCAUGGAUGCUGGAUAAGUUGGAAGAGCAAAACCCAGCCUGUGCCCAUUUGGAACAAUGGGGCAGCCUUGAAGUUCUUGGGAAGAAAACUGUCAUAAGAGAGGUUAUCUUCGAUGAAGUUAACUUGAAUUAAAGACAAACCAUCUUAUUUAAUGUUUCCUUUCAAAGUUUGAUCUUACUCUCCCUGAAAGUCUUUUUAAGUGUAAAGUUUCUUUUAUCCAAUAUGAAAAAAAUGGUUAAAAGGUAACACUAUGUCAGGCUGGUACACAGGGUGAAAAUCAAUGAAUGAGAUUCAUGUUACAAAUAAGUCUGGAAGGUUCAGUAAUGGCAGCUGGAUUAUUAACACCACUGAGUCUUGGUGAUAUAAAAUGAAUGCACAGCAGGUGAAAGUGGAAGCCAAUCAGGUUGCUUGAGGUAUAAACAGGAGCAAUCAGAGAAGCACUCAUCUCAGCUGCCUCUCAGGGUUACGGUAAUGAAAGGUCUGAGGGUCAACCACUCUUGGACUUAUCUGUUCGAGGAAACAAGAGUUAGAUAUGACCAUGUCAAAGCUCUGUUUUCCACAUUUAUUUAGCAUUUCUCUAGAAAGCUGCUACAAAAAAAGUAAUGGACUAAGCACCUGGACACUUGAGUUCUAGCCUGGAUUCACACCCAUGAGCUGAGCAACCUUAGGCAAGUGUCUAUACCACUCUGAGCCUCAGCUUUGUCAUUUGCAAAAAGGGGUUGAGAGUGCUGGCUGUGCUGUGGACUGUAAACUGUAACGUGCUGUCCCUGUGGGAGGCAACCUCCUCAUCCCCAGCUCUCUUCGGCAGAGCAGUUGAACAUGAUUCUGUAUUUGCGUGGUGUGUGUGUGUGUGUAUGUGUGUGUGUGUGUGUGUGUGUGUCACAUAUUGUUUAUGUCCAGUUGCUUGAAGAAAAUCUACUACAUCUGCAAUUCCAACCGAGGGGUUUGUGCUGUGCUGGCUACUUGCAGGUGGAGGUGGAGGUGAUGCCUGUAUGCAAAAUAAACUUUGCCUUUCUUGGAUGCUUGGAAA